UUCAUUUUGUGUUAGCGAUUUUAAUCUCUAUGAUUUUUUGUUUCUUCCUCUUUUAUGUACUACACUGUUUUGCCGUUCUUUAAUAGCCUUUUUUUUUUUUUUUUUUUUGAGUUUAGCAUUGCACUGUUAAUCAUUUAUGAGGUAAUCACAGAUCAAAGAGGUCUUUUGAGUAUUGCAAUCAAUGGCAAAUGACAACAGCACCAACAGUUACGAGGAGAUCCGCAGGCAAAGGGUUCUGGACAAUAAGAAACGAUUUGAGGAUUUGGGGAUUUUGAAUAUAUCUAAAAACCUUUCUGAUCUUACAAAGUCCGAGAAGAAGUCCAACUAUAAAUCCGAGCUACGCCGAGUUAGACAAAAAGCAAACGAUGUUUACAUGUCGGAGCCAAGAAGGUCUACACGGGCUAGGAAUCCUGCUCCAUCAUACCGUGAUGAAAUUGAUAUAGAGAUUCCAUCUUCGCGGAAGAGAUCAAGAUUCAGCUCUUCAUGGGCAACUUAUCUAGCAAGACCAUUAGAAGAAGUGAAAGUUGCUUCAUAUGAAGAGAAAGCACAAGCUUUAAAGUAUGCAGAAAAGCUUCAGAACAAUCUGCAGUCUGAAAAUCCAUAUUUUAUCAAGUCUAUGGUCCGCUCUCAUGUCUACAGUUGUUUCUGGUUGGGACUUCCUACUAGAUUUUGUGAAGACCAUCUUCCCAAGUCUACCGUAAAUGUUCUGCUAGUGGAUGAGGAAGGUUUAGAGUAUGAAUCUCUAUUUAUUGGCAAAAGAACUGGACUAAGUGGAGGAUGGAGAGCAUUUGCACUAGAUCAUAAGCUGGAUGAUGGAGAUGCUCUAGUAUUUGAAUUGGUUGAGCCAACAAAAUUUAAGGUCUACAUAGUUCGAGCAUCCCACUGUUCAAGUGGAGCGGAUAAAUCUAGCGCAGAAAAAGGAGAGAAGGAAGCUGAAGAAACAUCAAAGAGUGUGACAAAGAAAAGAAAGAAAACUAGCAAACAAUCAGAAGUUCAAACGACAGCUAAGGAAGAGGUCUCCGUAGUGGCUUCAGCCACGAGACGCAGUACUAGAAGAAAACAGAACAUGUAAAGAAGCAUUACUUUGUAGGCAUGUCAAAAAUUAAACCUUCACUGUGGUAAGCAUAUUCACUGAGAAGAAUUGCAAGACAUGUUUAAAUUAUUGGCAGUAAAUCUCAUUUGCCAAAUCUAAUUAGGCAACUGCCUUGGAAACUCUUGAUAGUGAAAGAAAUACAACUGCAGCUCUUUUGCAGAAUUUUUGCUAUCUU